AUGCGUGCCCUCAUCGUUGUGUGCCUGAUCGCAGUUGCGUGCGCCGAUAAGCUCGGCUAUAACUACCAGCCCGUGGGACACUCUGGCUCAGGAUUAUCUUUCAAUCCUGGCAGUGGAAGUGGAACAGGACUCGGCGGUGACUCGCUUAGCGGCUACGAGAGUGGACCCAUUGGACUUAUAAGUGGAAGACCAAGCGACUUGGACUCCAAUCUGGGCGCAGGCAACAUUGGAAGCGGAAAUAUCGGUGAUCUGUCUGAUCUUGGUGGCCUCUCCAGCAAUAACAUCGGUAGUAUCACUGGAGGCAACCUCGGUGGUAUCUCCGGUGGCAACCUCGGUGGUAUUUCCGGAGGCAACCUUGGUGGUAUCUCCGGUGGCAACCUCGGUGGUAUCUCCGGUGGCAACCUCGGUGGCGGAAACUUAGAAGCUCCAGUCUCGUACAAUGCCCCUGCCCCAGCUGCGGAAUUGCAGAAGGAGUUCUUCACCUACACCGCCAACGAACAGGAUUUCGAUGAGCCACAAGCUCUGGAGAAGGUUUCCAGCUCUCUGAACAAAGCUCUGCGUGUUGUCUUCAUCAAGGGACCCGAGAACCGUGGUCUGGAGAACGCUGCUCUGGCUCUGGCUAAGCAGGCCGCCCAGCAGGAGACCGCCAUCUAUGUUUUGAACAAGCAGGCUGACAUCGGAGAUCUGGCCAGCAAACUGAAUGCCAUCCGCAGCAACAACAACAACAAGCCCGAGGUGCACUUCGUCAAGUACCGCACCCCUGAGGAUGCUCUCAACGCACAGCGCGCCAUUCAAGGACAAUACGAUCAGCUGGGUGGUACUUCCAAAGCUCUUGAUGGUGGUGUUGCCUCCUCGUUGAACUUCGCUUCUCAGGCACCAGCGCGCAAGGUUACUGCUCAGACCCCUGACAACUCAUACUUGCCCUCAUCGGUCUUCCGUCGCCUGUAAAUAGGUGGUAUUGUGCCACGACAACUUUGUUAACUCU